CUCGGCGAUCAUGUGACAUGGCUCCGGCUGCUGUUUGCCGACAGCUUCCGGGAAGAGACGGAUCGCGAGCCAACUGCAGGAGGGCGGGCUAAACCUGGUUCAGGUGGGCGCUUCGAGCGGUAACGGUGCGGUUCGUGGGACGAUGUUGACCAACAACGUCGGUUACAACGAGCAGGCCGGGGAUGCUCAGCCUGAGGUGGGCCAAGAGGCGGCGCCCACUACAGCCUCUACCGCUCCUCCGGCGGCCUUCGGGCUCUUCAGUAGCGAUGGCAAGAAAAAUGAAGAUCUUAAGCAGAUGCUGGAAAGCAGUAAAGAUUCUGCUAAAUUGGAGGCUAUGAAAAGGAUUGUUGGAAUGAUUGCCAGAGGAAAAAAUGCAUCUGAAUUGUUUCCUGCAGUAGUGAAGAAUGUAGCAAGUAAAAGUAUUGAGAUUAAAAAACUUGUAUAUGUCUAUUUGAUGCGUUAUGCAGAAGAACAGCAGGAUCUGGCACUGCUGUCAAUCAGCACCUUUCAGCGUGCUCUGAAAGAUCAUAAUCAGUUGAUCCGUGCAAGUGCUUUGCGGGUGCUAUCAAGUAUCAGAGUGACAAUUAUUGUUCCAAUUAUGAUGCUUGCUAUCAAAGAAGCAUCAGCUGAUUUAUCACCUUAUGUUAGAAAAAAUGCUGCCCAUGCAAUUCAGAAACUUUACAGUCUUGAUCCGGAACAAAAAGAAAUGUUAAUCGAAGUAAUAGAGAAGCUUUUGAAAGACAAAAGCACGCUUGUAGCAGGGAGUGUCGUGAUGGCAUUUGAAGAAGUAUGUCCAGACAGAAUAGAUCUGAUUCACAAGAACUACCGAAAGCUCUGUAAUCUAUUAAUUGAUGUGGAAGAAUGGGGACAGGUUGUUAUUGUUCACAUGCUGACUCGGUAUGCACGAACACAGUUUGUGAGCCCUUGCAAAGAGGAUGGUGCUCUGGAAGAAUACAGUGAAAAGAAUUUCUAUGAAUCUGAUGAGCAGCAGGAUAAAGAUCCAACAGUGAACAAGCCCUAUUCUAUGGAUCCAGACCACAGAUUACUGAUAAGAAAUACAAAGCCUUUAUUACAAAGCCGGAAUGCUGCUGUGGUGAUGGCAGUUGCACAACUUUAUUGGCAUGUGGCACCCAACUCUGAAGCUGGUAUAGUUGCUAAGUCCCUAGUGCGUUUACUACGGAGUAACAGGGAAGUACAGUAUAUUGUUCUCCAGAAUAUAGCAACAAUGUCGAUCCAGCGCAAGGGGCUGUUUGAGCCUUACUUGAAGAGUUUCUAUGUUAGAUCGACUGAUCCAACUAUGAUCAAGACAUUAAAGCUUGAAAUUUUAACUAACCUAGCAAAUGAAGCCAAUAUAUCAACUCUUCUCAGAGAAUUUCAGACAUAUGUGAAAAGCCAAGAUAAGCAAUUUGCUGCAGCUACAAUCCAGGCAAUAGGCAGAUGUGCAACCAACAUCUCAGAAGUGACUGACACGUGCCUAAAUGGCUUGGUAUGUUUGCUCUCCAAUAGGGAUGAAAUAGUAGUAGCAGAAAGCAUAGUAGUAAUUAAGAAGCUGCUGCAAACACAACCAGCACACCAUGGUGAAAUAAUUAAACACAUGGCCAGGCUCCUUGACAGUAUAACUGUUCCUGUUGCAAGAGCCAGCAUUCUUUGGCUUACUGGAGAAUACUGUGAACGAGUUCCGAAAAUAGCCCCUGAUGUUCUAAGGAAAAUGGCCAAGAGCUUCACUGUGGAAGAUGAUCUUGUAAAGCUGCAAAUUUUAAAUCUUGGCGCAAAAUUGUAUUUAACCAACUCAAAACAGACAAAAUUGCUUACCCAGUACAUAUUAAACCUCGGCAAGUAUGAUCAAAGCUACGACAUCAGAGACCGAACAAGAUUUAUUAGGCAGCUUAUUGUUCCAAACGACAAGAGUGGAGCUUUAAACAAAUAUGCCAAAAAAAUAUUUCUGGUACAAAAGCCUGCCCCACUACUUGAGUCACCUUUUAAAGAUAGGGAGCACUUCCAACUUGGUACUUUGUCUCAUACUCUGAACAUGAAAGCCACUGGCUAUCUGGAAUUGUCUAAUUGGCCGGAAAUUGCACCUGACCCGUCAGUGAGAAAUGUAGAAGAAGUUGGAUUGGCAAAAGAACAGUCUUAUCUACAAGGAAAGGCAAUAAAAGAAACCACUGAAAAAUUUUAUCCUGAGUCUGAUGAAGAAGAGGAGGAAGAGGACACUAAUGAGGAAAGUGACGAUUCUUCUAGCAGUAGUGAGAGUGAAAAUGAAUCUGACUCUGAGGAAGGAAAGAAAGACGGGCAAGAUGAUACUAGCACGGAAAGUAGCUCAAGUUCUUCUACUGAAGAUGAGAAUGAUAGGAAACCAAAGUCUGAAAGAGGAAUUCGAAGAAAAAGAACAACAGUUUCAGAAAGAGAUUCUAAAAGAAAAGAAAAUAAUAAAGUGAAUUCUCAGAAAGAGCAGUGUUCUCCCAACUCAGAAUCUAGCUCAGCUGAGGAAAGUUCUUCAGAUUCUACCUCAGAAAGUGAUUCUGAAAACAAUUUGGAUCCUCUUCCUCCUAAGAAGGAAGCAGAAUGUUUGCAAGAGAAGGAAACUAUUAAACAAGAUGUGUCGCUCUUAGAUUUGGAUGACUUCAGCCCUGCACCAGCUCUUACUACCUUUUGCAAACCAUCAAUUCUCUCUCCCAUCUUAGCAACAGACCUAGAAGGUUUAAGUUUAUCAAGUUCUUCAGUCAUUGAUGUCAGUGCACCCUUCUUUGUGCCAAUGAAAUCUCAUGAACUCCUUCACCGAAUGAGUGGAAAAGGAUUAGCAGCCAAUUAUCACUUCUCAAGACAGCCGUGCAUUUAUAGUGAUCAGAUGGUAUCUGUACAGGUGAUGCUGACUAACACCACAGACCAAAAGAUAGAGAAUAUCCAUUUAAGCGAAAAAAAGCUACCAGCUGGCAUGAGAAUGCACGUAUUUAAUUCAAUAGAAUCCCUUGAACCUGGGAAAUCUAUUACCGUUCCAGUAGGAAUUGACUUCUGUGAUUCUACACAGGCUGCUAGUUUCCAGUUAUGUACAAAGAAUGAUCACUUCAGUGUUAGUAUUCAGCCUCCAGUUGGAGAGUUACUUUUACCAGUAACUAUGACAGAAAAGGAUUUCAGAAAAGAAAGAGGAAGGCUGACUGGUAUGAAUGAAGUAUCCGCUACAAUCUCUGUGGCACCACAGAAUACUACCCAUCUUAUGAUACUGCAGAAGGUAACAAGCAUAGCAAACCUUGGUGGAGUUCCUUCUGGUGAAGAUAACAUCCACAGGUUUGCAGCUAAAACUGUGCACAGUGGGUCACUUGUGCUUGUCACAGUGGAGCUGGAAGAAGGAUCCACAGCACAGCUCUUCAUCAACACGGAGAAGACGGUGAUUGGCUCCAUUCUUCUGCGGGAGCUGAAGCCUGUCCUGUCCCAGGGGUAACCCGCUUACAUCUGGACUUCAGAAUCUGGCACACCACAACAGUGCCUGGCAUCCACUACGGCUGCCUUUCAUUUAUAAUAAUAGCCUUUCCAUCUGGCGGUGGGGGAAGAAUACACUCUUGACAUUCUUGUCUUCUGUUUUAGAAUGCUAUAGUGUACAUCUAUCAAACACACAAGUAUAUUGCUCCACUUCCCCCCCCCCCCUUUUUUUUUUUAACCAAAGAAAUACGCAUUUUACUCUCGGUUAAAUUUUAAAUGUUACUUACACAUUUUCCCAUUAGCCUGAUUUUCCCUUCAGUCUGCUAGUUUUAUUAUGAUUUUUUUUAUUUUCUUUGAAGACAGGAAAAAAGCUGAUAAAAGCUGACUUAGAAAAAUUAGUUUUAAAAAAAUCAGUUUAAUUAGAACAAUUAAAUAAUGUUUGUGGAAAUCAGUCUGAAAUGGUCCAUCAUGAGAUAAGGUUUUGAUAUGGAAUUUGGGGGGCGGGGGGGUGUCAUUUAACAGGAAUAACAUUUUUAGUGUUCAUUGCCCAGUGGUUAAGCCUGUAUUAAUCAUUUAUUUGUAUCUGCUUUCUGUAGCUGCCGUAACUCCUAAACAUUGAGAUGAUAAUAAAGUCAUAUUAUGAUAAA